AUGGCCCCAGCCAACGGCAAAGCGGCCUCCUGUCGCCUCCGGGCCACCGCCGCGCCGCCUUCGUCCUCGUGCGGCUCCCGCAAGCGAACCAGGCAGGAAGCAGCAGCAGGGAAAGAAGGAGGAAAUGUAGCUGGAAUAUUUGCCCCGCCGCGCAUCAGGACCGAGUUCGUCGACUACAGCGCCGGCUGGCCGGUCGCUGCUGACGACAAUGUUUUCCAAAAGCUCGCGGCGUUCCCAUCCUACAUGCCCUUCACGAUUCCCAAUUACGACGACAACGGUACGGUGCGCCAGCAGUUGUUGCACCACCCACAGUACGCAGCGGGCUACGCCAGCCUCUCGCCCAAGCAGGUGACCUUUGCCGACAACACGGUCGUCGCCGACGAGGGCAUUGUCGUCCCGCACGACGAGGUCCACCACCCAGGCAAGCGGCCUCGGACGCUGAGCGAGGGCGUCGGCAGUAGCGUCGGCUUCAGCUCGGCUGCCUCGUCCACCAGUUCUUCCUCCUCUUCCACGGCAAAGUGCGGCACAUUUUCGCCCGUCAAUACCGAGUUUCAGUCUGCCACCGACGCCCUCAGCGUCUCUUCCGUCAUGUCGAGGGGCCCGAGUCCGUUGCGGCAGCUGUCCUCAUCGACUUCUUCCGGUGCACUGUGCGUGGGCCAAGAGGUCGUUGGUCAUGGUGGCGAGUCAGCAGCAGCGACGUACUACGUCUGUCUGAGCCCCAACUGCGUCGCCCGUUUCGUCGACAGCCAGGGUUUGGGCGAUCACCUCCGAACGGUGCAUAGCUGGCUCCCCUGUGACUGGGGGGAAUGCAAGACCGAGGGCAUGAGCUUCGCAUCACGAGAGAAGCUCAAUCGGCACGUCCAGGUUGAGCAUCUACUCAUGUGCCCCGCGGCAGGUUGCAUGGAGCGCUCCUCGUGGCAGAGCAAGAAGCUCCUCGAGUCGCAUAUCCGUGUCUGCCAUCCAGACUCUGUAAACCCCGAAUCUGCAACACGACAAAACACGACCUCCAGGGUUCCCCUUCCGCCACCAGCUACACCUUUUCCCAAGAGAGUUGAGGAGACCAUGACACCUCCAAAAGAGUCGCCCAAGUGGGAUGCCAUCGGCGACCCCUCACGCAAGGCAAUGCUUUCGGUCGAGCUCUCUAAGCGUCGCUGCCAGGAGCAGCUGAGACUUGCGCUGGAGAAGAGGCAGAAGAAGUUGAAAGACAUACCACGCUCGGCAGCCAGCCCCCAGGACGUCCGCUCCCCACGCUUGGCGGAGCCUGUCACUCCCUUCCCCAUAGUAUGGGAGCACUGUGUCCUGCCGUUCCUGAUCGAAUGGAUCGCCAAGUGGUGCGGCCCCGGGCACGCCAUCAGCGUGACCCGUGGAAAGAUUCACCCAAACGCAAGGCGCAUAUGCCUCAUGACGAGCGCAAAGCUUAGCCGCGCCCGUAAGGUCUUCAUCGCCGCCCACGUCCGCGACAUACUCCCGGCGCCCUACAAGAACCACUCCAGCUUCAGCUUCGCGACGGGUAAGGUCGACCGCCUGGUCUGGGCCAGGGGACUGAGCAAAGAGCACCCGGACGAGGUCUGCAGCCCGCGAAACCCCUUCUGCUACAUCAGCCCUUGCAUGGGCGAUAGCAUCGGUGCGGCGACGAACGGAGGGCAGGACGCCAUCGCCUGCACCCUUGGCCCCUCGCUCGUGGUCGGCGACACCAAAUGCUGGCUGGGAAACUUCCACCCUUUCUUAGACGUGUUUCAAAACCACGAUGACCAGGUAAAUCUUGAACACCCAGCACCCUGCGACCGGCAGGGCUGCCUGGACUCGGGCCAUGACGCCCUGUACCUCAAAAACAACGACUUUGGGUUGGGGAGCCUCAUCGCCACGUCGGGCGUCGACCUCAAGACGGUCCGCCUCUCCCACGAGCCGUACUGGGCCGAGUGCGACAAGGAAGCGCCUCUCGUCGCAACCGACUGGACCCUCUUCACCUCCAGAACGCGCCAGGCCAACAUGCUCCGCAGAUUCCCCGACGCGCAACAGAGCCAUCAGUGCCUCCAGGCGCUCGUGACGCAGACCUCGACUGUGACCCCCGGAGCCGACGUCAUCAGCACCGGCCGGACAUCGGGCUGCCAGCGCGGCCAGGUCUGCGAGGUGCCGGCCUACAUAUCCGGCGACGCGGUGGGUAACGGCACGGGCCGCGCCACGCGCGAGUGGUAUAUUGAGGAGCCCUUUGCUGACGAUGACGACGGCGACGCCUGGAUCCGGGGCGGCAUCGGCGUGCCGGGCGACAGCGGCGCGGCCGUCGUCGACGCCGAGACCAACGCGCUGCUCGGCCACCUCUGGGGCCGCAACAAGUACUUUGGUGGCGGGCCGCGGCACGCCUACUUCACGCCCAUCAACGACGUGCUCGACGACAUCCAGGAGAAGUGCGUGCAGCAAACGCGCCCUUGCCUGCCGCAGUACCGCGACGAGAGCGAGUGCUGGCCCGUCUACCCCAUGUGCCGCCAGUGCUUCGACCUCACGACGUACCUCGAGAGCCGCCGGAGCUCGAGAGAGUCGUACAGGUCGGUCCUGGGCCAGUCGCAGAACCUCGAAUCCCUCGCCGAGGAUAGGGACUCGACCGACGUCCUAUCCGAGCUGGCGACGCCCAGGGACCAGUCGUACUGGCUCCGCCACGCGGCUGGGCCGGACGAGGGCGGGACUUCGUCUUUCGCUGGCGUCAUGUCGCCCAUACCGGGCUUCACCUACAACUUCACUUCACCGACGGAUCUACGAGUCGCAGACAUAAGGAGCCCAUAUGCGUUGCAAUUGGAUGCUGAUGAUCUAUUCGACGCCGCUGACGAGGGCAUCCCUGCUGAAAAGGCCGUCGCGGAAACGGCGUAG